CUAUGGUUCUUCGGAAUUUGAUUUUACAAUUCUAUCCGAUAUUUUCACUUUAAAAAAUUGUUUUAUUUAAGAAAAUCUCACCUCACGCCACAAUAACGGGCUGCACAGGACUAAAUUUGUAAUUUCAACACACAGCUUUAGAUAAUAUAAUUAGGACCCAUAUAAUUUGUUGGGCUCCAAUAAGUUUUCUUUCUAACACAUCGAGCUUAUUACUUCUCUUAGAAAAUCUCUUGGGCAGAAAGAAACACAGCAAGCGCCGAUUCCUCAGAGGCCGCUUGAUAAUUUACUGGGAGGAGCAUCUUCAGGUGCUGAUUUUAGGUGCAUUCAUCGUCUUUUUAUUUCAGUAUAACAUUGGAGAUUUCAGGAAGCAUGGAGGCUAACAGGGGUAUGAAUGGAAUUCAACUCUUGCUUGCUGCAGAGCAAGAAGCUCAGCAUAUUGUCAAUACUGCCAGAAAUGCGAAAAUGGCUAGACUGAGACAAGCCAAAGAAGAGGCUGACAAGGAAAUUGCUGAAUUUCGUGCUCACAUGGAAGCUGAAUAUCAGAGGAAGCUUACUGAGAGCAGCGGGGACUCUGGUGCUAAUGUGAAGCGAUUGGAGCAUGAAACUGAGGCAAAGAUUGGUCACCUGAAGACAGAAGCCUCAAGGAUCUCCCAUGAUGUUGUACAGAUGCUUUUGAAACAUGUGACAACAGUGAAAAACUAGGAUCCUCCUUGUCUACGAGGCUAGAUGUGUUCAAAUACUGUAUUUUGCGUGUACUUUUUAAACUCAAGGGUUGGAAUUACAGCUUGGUGAGAAUGCUUGUAUUCUGCUGUCUCAUAUGUCUAUGACUGAUUUAUUAUGUUCCUCUCUGCAAUAAUUUUUUUGAGUAAAUCGCCUAUGAAAUAAAUCAUCCCUGUUCUUAUCA